AUGACCAAGCUGUCUGAGGCAAGACGGCACAGGGCUCACAGGUGGGCAGCUAGAGAGGCUGCUAAGACUCCUGUGGUUCAGAAUGCAGUUGUGCCACCAGAACUGGAUGCUGAAUCUGCAUCAAACGAGCUGACAGCACUUAGUAAAGCUCUUGGUCCAGCUGGUCCAUUCAACAAAGAAAGGCUGUUUUUGCUGCUGCAUGCCACGCUCGGGGAACGCAAAACCAGUCCUGUGGCUUGUCUGCCGUGCUACUUUCUUAAUGAAGAUAUUAUGACUCUAGAGACAGAGCUAAGGUUUGGCGACAACGUGGCUAAUCUGUUGCAGAGACUAUCGAAGGUUAAGCAACUGGUAUCUACUAUCUGCAACCGGCAGAUGGACUUUGCCGAGAUCGACGAUUACCUUAGGGGAAGACAUGCUAAAUGUGCACUCAUAACAUUGAGCGACGUCUCCGCUGAGGACACAGCAUCUCCUGGCCCAAGGAUCUUCUGGGGCAUAUCGACAAAAAUCGUCUCUUGUGGAGGGCCUGGCGAAAUCAUCAAGCUAAAUGACGCUACUUUGGAGAAGGCUCUACUCCUUUGCCUAACGGUGUAUUAUGUCAAGGACAUAACAUACCCCUCGGCAUUUGCGCAAACGUUGGGGCUCGUGCAAAGUGCGAUAAGCAAUGGUGAAAAAUUUCCCCGCUGCUGGGCUAACAGCAAGCUCGUAAAGAUUCUCGAGAGCAUGAAGGUUACGUAAACGUACAUAUGUUUACUGCGGCAAAGUCACUGCAGGUGUUAUUUCACAGAGGAAGAUUAUACCUGGCUUUAACGUAAGAAAGUACUCGUUCAUCUUACAACGCAAGUGCAUAAAAAAGAGUAGUUUUUUUUGCAAAUGCACGAUUAAUGUAAC